UUCGCUUUUGCCGGCAUCGCUCUUUGUGUUUAGAGUCGCUUCGUUUAGAGUUCAUUUCAAUAUUGGCAACUAAUUUGCAAUUUUCGAAUUUUAUGCUAAGCCGCUCACAUGUUGCCACUGGCAGAUGACAAAAAGGAUCGCUAUGCCAAGCUAUCAUUUCUCGGCGAGGGUCAGUUUGCCAUUGUGUACAAGGCCCGUGAUAUUGUGACGAGCCAAAUUGUGGCCGUCAAGAAGAUCAAGAAGGGCAGCCGGGAUGAGGCACGUGACGGCAUCAAUCGCACCGCAUUGCGUGAAAUCAAGAUAUUGCAAGAAUUGCAGCAUGAGAAUAUUAUUGGACUGGUCGAUGUGUUUGGCCAACUGUCGAAUGUGUCGCUUGUGUUUGACUUUAUGGACACCGAUCUGGAGGUAAUCAUCAAGGAUAACAAAAUCAUACUCACACAGGCGAACAUCAAGGCAUAUGCCAUAAUGACACUGCGCGGUCUCGAAUAUCUGCAUGUCAAUUGGAUACUUCAUCGCGAUUUGAAGCCCAACAAUUUGUUGGUCAACAGCGAUGGCAUUCUGAAGAUUGGUGAUUUUGGUUUGGCCAAGAGCUUCGGCUCACCGAAUCGCAUCUACACACAUCAUGUGGUAACACGCUGGUAUCGCUCACCGGAGCUACUCUUUGGUGCCCGUCAAUAUGGCAUUGGCGUUGAUAUGUGGGCCGUUGGCUGUAUUCUGGCCGAGCUCAUGUUGCGUGUGCCUUUUCUGCCUGGCGACUCGGAUCUGGAUCAGCUGACACGCAUCUUUAGCGUCCUGGGCACACCGACUGAAGCGGAAUGGCCGCACAUUGGCAAGCUCCAUGAUUAUCUGCAAUUUCGUCACUUUACGGGCACACCGCUACAAAAUAUAUUCACAGCUGCCAGCAAUGAUAUGAUCAUUCUAAUGCGUCGUCUCUUUGCCAUGAAUCCUUUGAAGCGUUGCUCCUGCCGUGAGGCCCUUAGCAUGCCCUAUUUCCGCAACAAGCCAGCGCCUACAGUGGGUCCCAAAUUGCCAAUGCCAUCGGCCAUAUUGGCGGCCAAGGAGGGCGCCAAUGCCGCGCCUGGUGAUGAGAAGCCCGCUCUCAAGCGUAAGCUUGUGGAGACCACAGUUCGUGGCAAUGUUUUGCCGCAAAAGAAGAAGCUUAUGUUCUAAGCGACAGACUCCACAACAACAACAACAACAACAACAAAUACAAUAUUUGCAUUCAGGGUUAAUUUAUCUAGUUUGUAAUCUGCGACAGCUGUUAACUAUAAUAAAUGAUAAGGCAAGUUAUACUUUUGACUAAUA